AUGUCCAAAAAAUCAAUAUUCGGAAACCAAACGUACAUGGACUUUGAGUUCAAAUUCAAUACAUUCCCCGUAUACUUUGCAUUACUCCCAAUGUCUUAUGUGCUGCCGACUCUUUAUAUUGUCUGUUAUACUAUCUUUGUAUUCAUGGAACAUUAUUUGAGAAGAAAAGAGUUUAUAGUCAACUCACAGAUAUUUCUAGUGGUUUCAAUGGCCCAUAUUGUGAAUCUGUUCUCAUUCUUCUUCGACUACAUGUCGAAUCGUUUCCCAGCGACUGGAAUGAUGACGUCAUGGUGUGCCAGUAACAAUCACGAGACUCUACUCAUUUUCAUACUGGCCUCCCACUUUUAUUUGGAUUACCUGGCAAUGGGAUUUCCGUUCUUUAUGUCAGUCUUGAGACUGAUUUUUAUGGUCUUCCCGAAUACUCAUAAGCGGAUAAUUAAUAAAUUGCUUCGUAUCGCUCUGCCUUGUAUUUCAAUCUAUCCAGUCUUCAAUACAUUCUUCAUGUUUCCAGCCACUGGAGAGUGUAGACAACUGUAUCCUCCAUACGAGUUCGGAUCAAUUUUUAUUCACUAUUAUGGGGAGAUUGGAGGGCUCAGCAACUCUCCAUUCCUGCUUGCAAAUAUUGCUUUCUGGAUGGGAUCCACAAUAAGUAUCAACCUGAUGGUUAUAUUUCUGGUUGCCCAAGCAAGAAAUCGGGGAUCUCAUCAUAUUCAGUACAAGAGUAGGAAGAGUCGACGAGCAGAGUUAUCUGUGACGUUGACCACUUUUGCAAUGAUUUUGUCGUUUUUGAUGAGAGGCAUUUGUUUGAUAGUGUUCCUAACUAUUCCAAGUGUCGCCAGUUGGCUUGCCAUCAUCCGUCCACUGGGUUCAGAUGCAGAAGUUGUUGUCUCUCCAUGGGUAUUCUAUUUGACUCAUCCAGCAUUUCGAAGGAAGAAAAGGCAGUCCACAAUAACAGUUGGAUAUUCAAUUAGUUUGGGUUCCGGGGGACGGAAGAUAUAA